AUGUCGACGAAUUAUGAAGGGUGUUACAAUAAACAAAUAGUGGAUGGCAUCAAGGCAAGGCUAGGGACCGCGCGUAGGGGAUGGGUAGACGAACUACCUAGCAUCUUAUGGGCCCAUCAAACCAUGCCAAAAACCAGUACAGGCGAAACCCCAUUCAGCCUUGUAUAUGGAUCAGAAGCAGUAAUACCGGCAGAAAUCGGCCUCCCAUCACCGCGUAUGAUCGCCAUGGAAAAACAAGAUAACGAACGCGAACGAAGAAUUGAUCUGGAACUUCUCGAAGAAAGGCACGAGAACGCCGCCAUUGCAGAAGCCAGGUAUAAAUCAAAAUUAGGGAAAUACUAUAAAGCGCGCGUACGCGUGUGCACCUUCGUUCCACGAGAUUUCGUCCUGCGCGACAACGAAGCGUCCAAUACGGAAAAGCCAGGGAAACUAGCACCUAAAUGA